AUGCUGGAUAUAAUUGCAAGGCUCCCCCCCUUAGCUGUCGCAAAAUGCAAGACGGUCAGCAAGAAAUGGUUGGCCUACAUCUCAAAACCGGAAUUUCUAAGGGUGCAUUGUCAUUUCAUGCGAGCAUCACCCGAUCAGAAAAUCCUCACUGUUGGAAACCCUAGCUUGUGUUUAGUACGUUCGUUGAACUUUGCGGAUGCUAACUACUUCUUAGCCACCGACGUUCCAACCCCAUUUAAUGUUCGUCCAAGGAAUUUGUUAUUCUUAGCAAGCUUGGAUGGCAUGCUCUGUGUUUGCCUUAAAAACACAUGUGAGUUACUUCUAUGGAAUCCGCUAACCCGUGCCUGCAAGAUAUUGUCAAACUCUAUUAAGCAGGGUUUUUACAAAGUCCAACACGAUGCUAUUGGGUUCUAUGUUGACUCUUCUUUUGACUACAAUAUAGUUCACAUAAAACGUAGACGAGGUACUAUUGCGGUUUACAUCUAUUCAUUGCGACUUGGCUCGUGGAAGUCUGUACGCUUCCUUAAAAAGCGCCCAUACCAUGGCCAGACAUACAGCUGGUCUUCGGCGACUUUCAGUGGUGAUGGUUUAUACUUUCGAGUUUCGCAAUAUUGGCUUGCAGGUCACAAGAUGAUAAUUCGCUUCGAUGUAAACACAAAGCAAUUUUCCGAAUUACCAUUUCCGAAUGCCUCCGGUGAGGGACCUAAUGGUGCUUUAGUCAGCAUAAGAUCCGAACUUCAUAUGUUUGUUGCUAGCGGUUACUACGAACGGCCUGUGGAUUUGUGGAAGCUUCACAAUGGAUCGUGGAUGUUGUUGUGCUCUUUUCCUUUUAGGAGGUGUCUUCCAUUUCCAGAAAUUACAUCCAUCACAUAUCUCAAUUUGAAAGACUCAUGUCUUAUGAUCACGGAGUGGGGACAAGUGAUCGAAUUUGAUUUACACUUGGAUGAGUGGGAUUUCUUUAGUCCUGCUACUUUUGGUCGUAUUAUCCAUGGUUCCGUCUACACAGAGACAAUUCUUUCACCGGGAUUUUAG